AGCGCAUUCUGGGAGCUGGAUCGAUCUACAGGGAUAAUGCGUGAUUUCUCGUGUGGCCAGGACGAUGCGCGUUUUUGUGAUUGCUCUCAGCCUCUCGAUAGUUCUUCUGUCAGCUGCAUUCACGAAUUGGAGCGUGAUUUCCCUCUUGUUCCUGGUCAGUUUUCUCGUGUUCCAAUACGAACUUAAAGGACAAGUCCAAUCUGGAAAACCAUGGCAAUCCUUGUGGAUGUCGCUGGGAGUUUCUCUGCUUGGAACAAUUUGCGGGGUUACUGUUGCAUUGCUACAGGCUACAGUCGGAAGGGACUGGCGGUUCUGGAAGUCGUCCAUCUCAAAAGUUUUUGGUGUUUCAAGGCUCGAGCAUUCCGAUGGCAUUCUUUUAUUUUUCCUACCGAAAAUGCUCGUUGGAGUAGUUUCUUUGUAUGGGCUACGCUGGCGAAGACGGAUCGAAUUUGGACCUCGAGAAUUUGACGCAUUUGAAGUUAGAGCUUUCUUACGGAAUUUCGUUCUUCCAACGCUGCAGAUAGUCGCGGGAUCUAUUUUCCCAUGCUGGGCAGCUUUCCCUUACUUCGUCUGUAGUUGCACUGGGCUUUUUCAUUGGUCCAUGACCGGCAACUUCUUCGGGCUCUCUUGGUAGAAACUCCAUCUUUUUCCUUGUUAGAAUUUUCUAAAAUGCUUGUGUCGAUUUAGGGGAUGGCAACCUUUACUAGUUUACAACACCAUGCACAUUAUCAUUUUCUAUGUUCGCCAAUUACCAAUUUCGUUUCCGACGCGGCUUCUACACAUAGUAGACUAUCUCGGACUCUUUGAAACCUCAUCAGCGGAAAUGAAUUGGGCAAAAGGAGUACACCUGAUCUCUAUUUUAACACUCUUUGUAUUGCUAUGCUUCGCAAUUGGAGAUUUGAAGGACUUAUACCACGUAAAGCAGGCUUUGAUUGCAAACGAGGAUAAUCUGUAUCAAGGCCUUUUAAACUCCCCAAGAAGCGCCAGAUCAAGACAAUGGUGGAUAUCGGAGCAACAACGUUUUCUUGUUUUCAAAAAAGUCGCUAUGUAUUUUUUCGCAUGUGGCUUUCCUAUUUGCCUUUUCGCUCUUGUUUGCUGGAGUUUUAAGUUCGCAAGUUUCUGCGCGUUUUUCCUACUACUGUAUGUUGGAAUUAUAUUGUACAUAUUUCCAUCUUUGUUCCUUUUACGUCGCCUAAAUGGAUUGCUACUUGGUUUUAUACUCACUUGGGCAUCAUGUACAUAUAUUUUCAAUGCGGGCUUCACAGUUUUUGCCACCAGGUUUGAGAUGGACGUCGAUAUUUGGCAGACAGUUGGCCUUUGGAAGUACUCAUCACCUGGACUUUUCCUUCUGGCCCAAUAUGCUCUCGGUGUUCUUGUUGCGACUGACUUAUUUGUGGGAAAUAGCAUUUUAAAGAGUGCCAAUGAAGUAGAAGGAAUCGCUGAAGAUGACACCUUUCGAGAGGAUGAGCUAAGAAAGAAAUGGAUUCUGUUUAUUGCGGUGAUAGCAUGGUGCCUACGAAGAAGCACCCAUGUGAUAUCACUUGUUCUUAUAUUUAUAGUCGCUCUUAGAAGUGGAUUUGUUCAUGCGGUGUAUAUGAUAUUCUUCAUGGUUUAUCUUCUUAGCUCGUCCGUGGCGAGAAAAACUCGCCAAUAUCUCAUGCUUUAUUGCGAAUUGCAUAUUUCUAUUCUUUACAUCUUGCAACUCCAAUCGAUUUCAGCACUCAUCACUGCUCAUAGUAAAAUCUUAAAGCCCGUUCUCUCUCAACUAGGGAUAUGGAACAAGGCAACAUAUCAUGAUUACAUACCUGUGGCAGCUCUAUUGUGCUUUUCUGCAGUUCAGAAUCAUGGAAUCAAAGUGAUAAGCUCUCUGUCAGCAGUGGCACGUCAGAGUGCUCUGAAAUACAGGCCUUAUGUGUUAUCAGUUUACGGUUCAAAAUCCUUUGCAUAUAAUUUCGAACCUUCCCCUACUGAAAACUGGAUUACUAAUCACCUUGCUACUGUUGGUGAGCAUUUUCGUGCAACUUACCGUUCGUUUGGAACAUAUAUCGUAUACGCCACAGUCCUCAUUACAGUCUAUGCAGCGGAGCCAAAUUAUAUUGCGUUUGGCUUCCUUGCUCUGCUCCUCUUUUGGAUUAUUGGUCGACAAGUGCUCGGGAAAACAGAAUGGAUAUUAUGGUCUCCACUUUUCCUCUACACAUGCUUGGUUUUUGUUUUGCGGUACCUUCUCAGCGUUUUUCCCGACCUGCAGCCAUUUGCUGAGAAACUCGUGGACUUGAAGGGUGACUUGGGCUUUGAUCGAAACGCGUCUCUCUUCCUUCACGUAUGGGAUUCUCUAGCUAUAUUAGCUGUCCUGCAGCUCUACAGAUUUGAGCGAUCCCAGUCUUGCUUGGAAGAAGACUCCAUUCACUUUCCGUGUUUUAUGAGCAACCACUUCGUAAAGCGGCUCCUUAUACUACACAGUGGAAAAGUUUUGUUUGUCGCCGUGUUUUAUGCUUCUAUUUUUCCGGUUGGCGGUUUCGGAUUUGUCUACCUUAUUAUGCUGGUGAUAUCCUGUGCCGUGCCGAAGUCUUCUCCUUUAUCUUCUCAGCUUUUCGCUGCGUAUACUGGGCUGCUUUUAUUUCUCGAGUAUCUGUUCCAGCUGGUUGAUAGGCAGGAUGGCUGCUUGGCGCAAAAUGCCGACCUUAUACACUGGCUAGGACUUCGUAAAUACGAGGAAGGUCCCUGGGGUAUUGAAGCUGGAAGCCGCAGCAAGACACUGGUUAUACUGGCUUGCAUGCUGCAAUACUGCUCCUUCCAAUGGCUAGAACAAGUACCAAGUUCCUUACGACGAAACGAGGAGCCAUGCAUGCUGUUUUCUCUACCAUUCAGCGGGAGAGCAGACAGCGACGAUCGUCGUCAGGCCACAUUCCAUCGCGUCCAACCCCACAGUCCUCGUCUUGAUGAACCUCUUAUACGGAAACCGGAACAGGUUAUCAACGCUGAAGCGCCUGAUAGUAAAAAAUAUGUCCACAGAUCUCCUUCUCUGACACCAAAGGAAAGCAGGAAAUGGAGUAGACGAGCGCUAAUUAUGAAGCAGGAGACUUACGAAGCCCAAUGCCAGGCUUUGAAAAUGUGGGGGAAGUUUAUACUCGAGAAUUUUUUCACAAUAUUCGGCGUCGAGAUGAUCAUGCUAUGCCUUCUGGUCGCAGCGUUUGCCGUUGUCAACGUCUUUUCUUUGCUAUAUAUUCUCAUACUCGCGCUAUGUAUUAUAUUGAGCAAGAAAUGGCUUCGUCCGCUAUGGCCUGCCUUCACAGUUCUGUUCGCCGGCGUACUCCUCUACGAGUAUGCAACGUUGGCAAAGCUCCCGCCACCUUGGAGUGUUUCAAAUGAAUCAACGAAACGUUGUCACGAUUGCUGGGCUGACUUGAAGGGAAAGUCGAAGUUUUGUUGGAGUUGCUGGCUUGGUAUGGUGGACGAUAGGCAGGUGCUAGUUGCAUAUUUUAUGGUCUUCAUCGUUACGUCUUUCCAGCUUCGGGCAAAUAAGUUGCUCGAAACUGUAUCACUACAGUGGACUGGCAUAUCCGCAACACACAGGGUAGCCUGGGCAGAGAUGUCUUACGAGACGACGGUUCAUUGGACAUGGCUGGACUAUCUUCGUUUCUUUUUCUAUCGCCAUCUUUUACACGCUGUUUUGCUGCUAGUUUUCAUCACGGGAACAUUACAAUAUGACCUCUUGCACCUCGGCUACCUCGCAUUCUCCAUGGUAUUCUUCCACAUGCGAACUACAGUUAUGAGGAGACGAAACACUAUUUUUCUCUUCUUGAGGCUAUACAAUUUCAGUCUUAUAGUGGCGUCGCUCGUCUUCCAAGCGCCUUUCUUUGGAUUUGUAGCUGGUUGCUCGCCGUCAAGCAUCUUUGGUCUCUACAAAUAUGACUACGGCUUCAAGAUCACAGCCCGCUCUGCUCUCGUGGACAUUACAAUUUUCUGCCUUGUAAGCUUGCAGUCUCGAGUUUUCAGAACAAAGGAGUUCGAGCAGGUCCUUCGUUAUCUCGCGGCAGAGCAGUUUGAAGCGCUGGCCUGUGCUCACGAAAGAAAAGCAGAAUGGAAGAAGGAGCAGCUGCAACGAGUUCGAGAGAUAGAAGAAAAGAAAUCACAGAGGCGGUUACAGGUGGAUAAGAUGAAGAUGGAAAUGGUUCCCCUACAGCUACGUCUGGACGUGCUGAACUCUGCGAGUAAAUUCAGGGAAGCGUUUUCUCCAUCAAACAUUCCUCGUUUCUUGCCAAAUAAGGAUGCGGCGGCCUCUGGGACUCCUUCUCGGCUGGUUAACUCCAUUUCGGACAGUGCCCUGCUUGAUCACUCUGGACACCGUCGUGACUCUGGUGCUGAUUCUUGUAGAAGGAGGCGGAAACUCUUUUUGGAACAGGAUGACAACGAGAUAAAACCUGAGGUGUUGGACAGGGGAAUUAUCUUACAGAACCUGGACAAAGAAGACAGCAUGGUGAAGACACCCUCAAUGAAGCAUAGUCUUCUAUCUGGCGUUUCCUUCCUCGAAAACGGUGUCGCGCAAAUGCAUGACAUCGGAAACAAGGCACUCGCCAACCUGGUCGGGCUUCUCAACAUUGAAAAUCCAGAUUCCGAUGAAGCAGGCAGCUCUUCUGCUGAUGAAGGUGAUGAUCAAAGGCGACUACCCAAGCACAUCUCUCCUGGAAAACUUGAAGAUCAGAAGUCUCCUAUGUUUGAAACACGCCAGCGCUUGAGCAUUCUAAGCACCUACGUCUACUCACUGGUCCUUGCAAACACAGACGUUGUCUGCUACGUGCUUUUCGUGCUUGUCUACGUAUGGAACUUCAGCCUCCUUACUUUGGUGUAUCCUGCGUGCCUGUUUCUCUACGCUCUACUGGUGAAUCCAGGACCAACACAACUAUUCUGGUCAGCAAUGCUUAUGUACACAGAAAUCCUCAUCCUGCUUCAGUACAUGUACCAGACACUGGUAAACCACUGUGGCCACGACGAACUUCCAUCAUGGUUGAAGCAGAUCGGGAUUCCAGGAAGAAACAUGAACCGGUCGUUUGUGGCGAGUGUUCUACCGCUCUUCCUGGUCUAUCUAGCCACCUUGGUCCAGAACUCUAUCAAAGACCGUGAAGGGGAGUGGAUGCUUGCCACGGACUCUAAUUCUUUCUUCACUUCCCGACGUUCGCCCGAUCUGGAAAAUCCAAACCAGAACUUUUCAGCCGGGAAGUUCUGGACGUGGAUUGCCGGCUACUGCAUUGGAAGCCUGAAAACCGUCUUGAAGUGCUGGCGUUCUCUUACGAGCGGCUCCGAAGUCCCUCCUCACUUCGUUCAAGUAAAGCUGUCCGUCUCCAAGUGGUCCGAACACGGUAUACAGCCGGAGAGAAUUGAGACCGCUUUCAACCGGCUGCUAAUAGUUGUGAGGUACGAAAGCUCCAGCAGCAGCGGUGCAGUGCUCGAAGACGCUAGCCGGGUGCGUGUGGAGAGCCUAGAGUGUGGAACGGACGAGUCUACCGCGUUCGCUAUGCUGGAAGUUAUUCAUGCAGCGCCUGCAUUGGGAGGGCCUGUUAGCGACCUCUUCACAUCCUUGACUCCGGCUUCGGACGUUGCCACAGAGAUUGUCAAGGCCAAACAGGACGGGUUGCUCGAACAGGCCAACUUUCCAUAUCCCAUUCUAUCUGUCAUCGCUGGGGGAAGAAGACAAGUUGAUCUUUACGCCUACGUUUUCGGCACGGACCUUAUCGCGUUCAUGUACAUGGCAUUGUUCUACCAAUCUUUCAUCAAGAGCACACCAGAGUUUCUCGACGUCUACCAGCUCGAGGAUCAGUUUCCAAAAGAAUACGUUUUCGCCCUCAUUACGCUGUUCUUCCUCAUAGUACUGGAUAGAGUACUGUAUCUUAGUGCGUUUGCAACCGGGAAAGUGAUUUACUAUUUUGCUACGCUCAUUUUUUUCACGGGCUACAUAACAAAUUUUGUUUGGGGAAUGGAGCUGAAGCACAACAACACUGGGACAUUCUUUCAGCUUCUUCCGCUUCGUGGUUUCUUCCUUCUCAAAGCUUUAUCUCUGGCGUUUCAGGCACAGCAAUUGCGAUUUGGUUUGCCACACAAAAACACGCUGUACGAGCAGUUUUUGACGAGAAAGAUCAACAGCUUGAGCUGGCUUGGCUUUCGUAUAUACCGAUCCUUGCCUUUCUUGUUCGAGCUUCGGUGCGUACUCGACUGGUCGUGCACAACAACUUCUCUUUCAAUGUACGAUUGGCUAAAGCUGGAAGAUAUCUAUGCCAGCCUCUUUUUGGUGCAGUGCGAUAAUAAACUUGCGCGAGAGAAGCAUCAGCUGGGACAGAAGCGAAGUAUUUGGGUCAAGUUUACAAAUGGUGUUUGCCUUUUCCUUCUAUUGAUCUGCGUUAUCUGGGCUCCAAUGCUGAUUUAUAGUAGCGGAAAUCCUACCAACUUCGUGAACGAGAUCACGGAAGCACACUUUGAGAUCAGUCUCAGGACCGCUGGUGGAAGCUUUACAUUCUACAGGAGUCAGCUUUGCAAUCUACAUUCAAUGGCAGAUAUAUUAGACAGUGGAUAUGACAUAGAUGUCGACAACGCUCUCGAUUCCUUCGACAGCAAGGACGUACAGAUGGUGUGCUGUGAAGAGGAUGCUGACUCACUUUGGUUGAUACCACCGCCGACACUGAGAAAUCUGGUGAAAUCUUUCACUGAGGGAGUUUUACUGGUUCCAUCCUGGAAUUUCCAUCGGGAGAGGCCAAAGAGCAAGGAGACUGCCACCUUCACCGGGCUUCCUUUGGCGAUCAAGCAGUUGCAAGAGGUCCUAAAUGGAACACUCAGUUCUAUCCUUGUGGCCGAUCUCUAUCCGAGGUACUUUAGAGUGACAAGCGGAGGAGAAGCUCGCUUGCUAGAGCAAACCUCCGCGACUGUGUCUGGCAACCUUACUUUGAAUAGAGAAACUCAAGCGUGGUGGUCGUUUAACGUAUCUUCAAGCGGUGUUUGCGGAGACGUGACCGGCCCAAUGGCCAUUGCGGUUUCGGAGGAAGUCCCAAAGGGACUGAUCGGCGACACCCUCAGCAAAUUCAACAUCUGGAGCUUGUACAUCACCUUCGUCCUAGCAGUCGGUCGUUUCAUCCGGCUGCAGUGCGCGGACUUGAGAAUGAGGAUUCCGUACGAGAACUUCCCAUCGUGCGACAGAUUGAUAGCGAUCUGCGAAGAUAUAUACGCGGCACGCGCUGAAAGAGAACUGGCACUGGAAGAAGGAUUGUUCUGGACGCUGGUGAAAAUCUAUCGCUCCCCCCACAUUCUCCUCGAGUACACCAAAACCGAGUGACUACGAUGCGUCGUCCUAGUGCCAGCGAGAACAUGUAAAGACUCUUUACUUCAAUCAAAUUCGUUUUUUUUU